AAAACAUGUCAACAAACUACACGUAAAAUAUUCGCGAAGAAAUAAGCUUUCAAAAUUUUGUCAUGUUUUCGUCAUAUUGAGGCUGUAAAUUCCGGAAAGUCGAAUCGGUCACAAUUUGCGGAAUUGGGUGAAAUAAAAAGCAUGUCCCUGUACCACGCGAACGCCGGCCAGGCGGAAAUCAUCCGAACCAUUCAGAAGGAUCAGACCUACAUCGACGAAAUCCGUUCCCAGCUGAGCGACAUUCUGCUACUGCUCAGCCAGAAGAACUGGUUCAAGUAUCAGCACCUGUGCAAGCUGAUAGCGGAAGUGCUCUACCAUCACUAUGCCAUCGUGCACAAUCAGCAAACGCUCGGUGAGGAGUACACCGGUAUUAUUCAGGUGGACGCGAAUUAUGUGAUGCUUCCCAAUAAGGCGCUGCAAAUAUUUGCCAUCUUGCUGGAAUAUGGUGGGGAACACGUGGUGGACCGGAUCCUAACGCGACUACAGAUGGAGCUCGAUCGCAGCGAGGAGUUGCUACCGGAAGCGAAAGAUGGUUUUAUCAAACUGCUGGAUGGGUUAAAGUUUGUUGUUCCUUACGUGAGAGGCUUUCACACCAGCCUUUUCUACAUCUACGGGGGGAAGUAUCACAUUUCCAAGCGGCUGACUGGGAUCAAUUAUAUCCUUAUUCGAAACUGGCUCAAAGAAAAUCACUCCAUCUACGGAUUUCGUAUUCUUGGGAUCGUAACCCUGGUGCAGUUAGUUCUUUCGCUGGUUGUUAAGUUUGUUGAGCAGCGAAAGAAGGCGAAGAACAUUGCUGCAAGUAGCAGCAAAACUGUUAAACGGACGAGACUGGAAACGACAUCUACCAGCAGUGGACGAAAGUGUGCUCUUUGUAUGGAACUGGCGGUGGAUCUGAGUGCGACUCAGUGCGGACAUCUGUUCUGUUGGGUUUGCAUUCUGAACUGGUUGGACGAGCGGCAGAUUUGUCCGAUCUGCCGGGAGGCGAUCAAAAAGUCCAGAGUGAUCAGACUGAUGAAUUUUUGAGACGAGGGAUUUCGGUGCUCAAAGAAAGGUUAAAGGUGGGUAUUUAUAGUGUUUUAAUAUGUACAAAGUACUCGAAAGCUCUUCUCAAGAGUUUUGUUUUUUGUUUAAAGAGCUACAAAUUAUCCGUUGCUAGCUGAUAUCGGUAAAAUUUUGUAUGCUUAGCGAAAUAUUUACAAAAAAAGCAGUUUCCCGCCUAGGCGGGAGGGAAACCGCGAUCGUCAGGGAGAGGGGGCCUAAUAAAUUAGUAUUUUUGACGUUUAAAAA